AUGUUGUGCUUGUGGCGGUUGGUUGCCAGAGCCAGUGCGUCUCAGGGAAGCAGCGCGUGGGGAGUGGUUUUGUAUCUGGGUGUUGUGGCGUGGGGUGAAGGGUUUGUGAGCAUGUCGAUUACGUUUGAGUACGCGCGGGAUGAUAGAAGGUAUCGGGGUGUUGUGGCGUGGGGUGAAGCGUUUGUGAGCAUGUCGAUUACGUUUGAGUACGCGUGGGAUGACAGAAGGUACCGGGCUGUGGUGCUGUGUGGUGAAGCGUUUGUAAUCAGGUCGUUUAUUUUGGGCAUGCGUAGGAGGACACAAGGUGAGCGUUAUGGCGUCUUGGAACGCGCGGAUGUGCUGCAGCUGCGUCGGGCCCGUGGCGGUGUGGAGUGUGUUUUGUUUGGAGGGAGGCGGCGUUGCUUUGUGGCUGUAGAGCGGCUUGGUAAGGAUUGGGUGUGA